AUGUAAACUCUUCCUUGUUAAGAAAACGAGUUCUUCCUCAAUCUUCAUCUGGGAUAAUCUCCAAUCAACAGACCAUUCAUUGGUCUUUCAUUGACGCGGUAGAUUGAAUCAUCCCUUCCUGGAUAAUUCUGAGAACCCCUCGUCUGUUUCCCCUCAAUUUAUUUUGUUGGAGCUUUUCGAUUUUGAACAGAAAUUGGGGGGUUUGUAGCAGAAAUCCCCCUUUCCUGAAUAAUGGGGCAGCAACAAUCUAAGGAUGAAUUGUUGUAUCAGCAGGUCAGUUAUGGAAAUGUUGAAGGCAUCAAAGCUCUUCGAAGCCAAGGAGCCGGUCUCGAGUGGAUUGAUAGGGAAGGCAAGACUGCAUUAAUUGCAGCUUGCAUGAAUCCCGUGCUUUACAAUGUUGCAAACACUUUGAUCGAAUUGGGCGCAAAUGUCAAUGCCUACCGUCCAGGUCGCCAUGCUGGAACGCCUUUACAUCAUGCAGCGAAAAGGGGUCUUGAAAAGACUGUGAAGUUGCUGCUUUCACAUGGAGCUAAUGCAUUAAUAAUGAACGAUGAUUGUCAAACUGCACUUGAUGUCGCCAGAGCAAAAGGAUACUGCAAUGUUGUCCGAGCAAUUGAGGAACAUUUGUGCUUAUUCUCCGGUUGGCUUCGAGAACUCUAUGGACCUGGCUUUCUGGAACUUCUUGCACCUCAGUUGCUUUCAAGAAGAGUUUGGGUCGUUAUCUUGCCUUGUGGCUCCCGUAAUAUUAGAAAGCCCUUAAAGUUGGAGCUUGCUGUUUAUGCUGGUGCACAGGAUCCCCAACCGCGCACGGUUAUUCCAUUAUGGAAAGCAAACCUAACAGAGCCUAACUUUAAUCUGCCAGACCCCGCAGCAGUGAUAUCUGAUUUUUCCCGAAAUACACUUAUCAAACUUACGCCUACUCACGAAAGCGAAAAACACCAACUGCAGAGGUUUUGCAAUGCUUGUAAAGGAAUUCCUCAGGUGAUCCAUCCGACGUUUCCUCAAGCCCCUACCGCCCCAGCAGAUCCGUCGAAUCCUGAAGAUGCCGAACUCACCAUGGCAAUUAACGCAUCCCUCGCGUCUACACACGAAACACUACCUCACACCAACACCUACGUCGGAUCAGGAGCGGAUGCAUCCACAAGUGCCGGGAAUUCUCAAAAUCCCGCGACAAAUCAAGAAAAUUACGAUGUGGGGACAUCGAGCAAGAGCAAAUGCCAGAUGGAGGAAUCUUGUUCGGUUACAUCCACUGUCCCGGCAGCUCCUGAGAAUCCUUCUCCUGCUAUUCCAUCUGCCCCUCCUGCUGACGGACCGAUUGAAUAUCCGUCUAUCGACGCAAGCCCCAUCGACAUUCCUUCUUCCUCUCUGGAUGCCGUUCCUGACGAAGGUAACGGAAAGAAAGAUGACGCUGCGACUUUGUGCUGUACGAUAUGCCUCGACGCUCCUCUGGAGGGCGCUUGUGUGCCCUGUGGCCACCUCGCCGGGUGCAUGUCUUGCCUGACCGAAGUGAAAGGUAAGAAAUGGGGCUGUCCGGUCUGCCGCGCCAACAUCGACCAGGUGAUUCGGAUAUAUUCCGUUUGAUUUUCCGGCGAUUCGAAGGCGGUAUGUAUGUACAGUUUGUUGCUGUGGAGUGAAGCUAUUAUCUAUAAUCAAAUGUGAAGGUUGGGAGAUUUGUAUGGAAGAUUAUCACAUUGAUCUUGGAUCCUUUCAUUUAUAUGUAUGAAUUGAAUGUGUGCUAUUUUUGUAUUUCUAAGUAUUUUGAUUCGUGGUGUUUUGGGGUUAAA